GUCGAUAAUUGCGACCGUUGAAUGUGGAGUCAUCAGUGGGAUGGCAAUGGCUGAGAAAAACCUCCUCCUCCUGUACAGAAUCAGAAUACGAAUUCCCAUACGCACCCAAUUUCCCUGCUCGUGACGCAACUAUCUUCUCCAAUACCUUCCUCUUCUUGCAUAAGGGUAAGCCUCUAAAGCUUCUUCUUCUUCUUCUCUCUCCCUACGCAUUUGCUUUCGAUGGACGAGGUCAUGACGGGCUCUGACGCAUCAUCAAGCUUUCGAUCAACAUCAUCUCAGCCCUCCGUUUUUCCCUCCAACACCCCUCUCCUCUCUGCUUUCCUUGCCUUCGCUCUCGCUCAGUUUCUUAAGCUCUUCACCACCUGGUUCAAAGAGAAGAGAUGGGAUUCUAGAAGGAUGCUUGGAUCUGGUGGAAUGCCCUCAUCACAUACAGCAACUGUGACUGCUCUUGCAGUAGCCAUUGGUCUACAAGAAGGAACUGGAGCUCCAACAUUUGCUAUUGCACUGGUUUUGGCAUGUGUUGUUAUGUAUGAUGCUACUGGUGUCAGACUUCAUGCUGGUCGCCAAGCUGAAUUACUAAAUCAAAUUGUAUGUGAGCUACCUCCUGACCACCCUGUCUCCAACGUCAGACCUCUUCGAGAUUCGCUAGGUCACACUCCUCUCCAGGUUGCUGCUGGUGCUGUGCUGGGGAGCAUUGUAGCAUUUCUCAUGAGAAGUUCCAACUAGCGGAUGAUCUCUCUUAUGUCCAAUGGUGAUUCUUUGACCAAUUCACGGAACACUCAACAGGCUCACACUCUGCAAGCAUAUUUGCUCCCUCAUGGAAGAAUCAAAACUUUCUGCUUCGUGGGGCCGUACUCAAUGUUAAUGGAUGGGGGUCUUCUGUUGGCAUGUACGAUAACUUGACCGAGUGAUGCGUGUGGGUGUGUGUGUGUGUUUGUGUAUAUAUAUAUAUAUAUUUUUUUUUAUUGAAACUCGAACUUGAGACAACUAUGUGUAUAAAUUUAGUUGCAUA